AUGCCAGGAAACAAUGGUGGCAUGGAUUCUCUCGAUGUACAGGUUUGCAACUUAAAUAUAUUUUUCUGAAGUGUAUUCAACCUCGUUCCCAGGUAGCGGAGAGAGCCUGGGAAUGAGUGUAUUAAAAUAGUCAAAUAGAUGCGGAACCAAGCUAACCUGAGGUGCCACUGACCUGAAAAUUAGAACUGGACAGUGCAUAAAUGAAGCCGGCAGUGUCGGUCAUAUUAAUGUGAUCACCACAAAUCUAUUGUGGUGUUGGUGACAUAGUAGAAGAGGUUCUUACAUUUUCUGGCAGGGUUCGUACAAAACUUGAAAGUCCUUGAAUGUCGUUGAAUUUGAGAACAAAAAUUCAAGGCCUUGAAUGUCCUUGAAUCUGUAAAGAAGUACUUGAAUGUCCUUGAAUUCUUCUUGCUUUAGUUUUUGGAUAUUUUCUGAAAUUGUUUGUCAUUCAAGACGGACAUUUUGUUGAACUGAUUUUGCAUGUUCAUAUCUGACCUCAUUAUAAAGUUACGUUUUGAACAAUUCAACGUCAGAUUUUGCUGAUUUAUAACACCACCUUCUUCAGUAUUUAGUCCUUGAAUUUGCUGAUACACGGCCUUGAAUGUCCUUGAAAAGUCCUUGAAGUUGACUCUUCCCCACAUGUACGAACCCUGUUUUCUGGUUAUCGGUGGGAAAGGAUAAACAUUGUUUGGGUAGAAAUUUAUCAACAGCAGGGCGCUCGCUUAUAUAAGCGCCCUGAUCAACGGUGACCUCUCUGCCACCUUAAAUUUGCCCGUGAAUAACUAAUGAUGUCGCACCAAGAUGACUGCUCUGAGUAUGUGUACCCUCAUGUGAACAUUCAUAACUCAUUCACUCGUUCACAUCCAUCAGAAGACGAAAAUCGCACCUAGCUCUAUAAAUAAGAAAAGUUUCAUAAAUCUUAAAAAAAAACGUGCGUAACAAAUUUGGUUCUUUUUAGUUUGGAAAUCUGGAAUUUGGUGGUGACUCGAUGACCAAACCUGAAGAGGUGCGAGUCAUACAGCAAAAAGAGGUAUACAAAAUAAACGCAAUUAAAUUUUUGGAAAUUAAUACUCAUCCAAACAAGACCGUCGCUACAAUUUCUGUCGUUGCAAUUUUAAAAAAUCAUCGUAUAGACACGAAAUUACUGUGGAUAGUUUACAUUUCGGCAGCAUCAACGAUAUUUUUCUCAAAAUGACAAUUUGAAUAUGCAUGUCAAUAACAAUGGCAUACUUGAAACCUGAAAUGUUGAUGUAUUAUAUGUACAUUCACAUGUUGUUAAUGUCUUUGAUAAAAUCUCCUUACUGCAUAGUGUAAAGAAUUGUUUGAUAACCAUUGGCAUAAAAUUAAUUGCUGCCGAUGAUUUCACUUUCAGCGUCAUUGUGGAUGGAGUUGUGGGCGGUAAUUUUUUUGCCACCGAAAAUUGCGAGGACUGCAAUUUGCUUUUACAUCGAAUGCCUAUAAAUUAAUAUUUUUUUCAUGUUUUUAGGAGUCCAUGCCACUUUCAAGCGCUGGGUAUGUGUCAAUCUUACUUUGGUUUUAGACAUAGGGAUGACAUUUUCAGAAUGAAAGAAUUGUCCAUAUCAAGUUGGUUGGGUUGGAUUGAUUUGGUUUGGUUUGUUUGUUUGUUGGUUAUUAUCACUGAUCUAAUAUUAGAUCAGUGGUUAUUAGUAAUGAAUGCGAUUUUUGUUGCAUCAAAGUUUAUAUCGCUGUAAUUUAUGUCCUAGCAGGGGCGAAGCUAGUAGCCAUGGCAACUGGUCAUGCUAUGCUACAGGGUUCGUACAAAGUCUCAAAGAGACAAAGACUCGAGGACUUGAAAGUUCUUGAGUUUGUAAAGAAGUGCUCGAAAAUCCUUAAAUUGUCUUGUUUUAGCGGAUAUUUUCUGAAAUUGUUUGGCAUUAAGAAUUGGACAUUUUGUAAAUUGAUUUUUUUCAUGUCUUACUAAGGCCAAAGCUGUUUGAAAUUCAUUAAAUUUGGCAUUUGAACAGUUUAAAGUCACUUUUUACUGAUUUCUACCGUCGCCUUUUCAGCCUUUAGUCCUUGAAUUUCCUGAUACAUGGCCUUGAAAGUGCUUGAAAAGUCCUUCCUGCAUCCAAAUGGCUUAAAGACAAGACAUUUCUAAAGUUUGAACAAUGCAAAUCAUUAAAAAUUUACAUAUGGUGGUAUAUUGUACCUCAAGUGGUAUAUUGUACGCAUUAGUUUUGGCGCGUGUUACAUAACAUACAAUAAAAUCUCCUCUUAAUUCAUCACUUGUCUUUUUUUUAUCUGUGCAGGAACGUAAGUGUUCCCAAACCAGCCGUACCGGCUGCAGUUGUCACCACAGUUUCUCCUGCUGGUCCAAAACCUGUCACCAUGGCAACGACGUCAAUGACGUCGGAGAGUGCUGUCGUCAACACGUACGAACAGAGGUCACCAAGGCAUUAUCAGCCUCCUGGUACUCCUGUUUCCAAGUCUGCUAUGACCCAGGUUAGUUUCACGCCAAACAAACAAAACACGAAGUUUUACCACGGGGCAGUGUUGUGGAAUGAGUUACUCAAAAUGCACGAGUAAUAUGCUCUCUUAGGGACCGGUCAUUAUUUAUGGCGGGAGUGGCACCGAAGAGAAAUGUUUUUCGUGUCAAAAAUUUUGUUUGCUGACCCAACCAUUAAACAGUCAAAAAUUUGAUUACCCAACCUCAAAUAUCAAUUAAAAAAUAAAUACCCAUUACGAGUUUGGUAACGGCUUGUGAAAUUUUCUGCAGUCUAAAGUUUCAUGUUGUCUGCACAUGUACUUUCUUUGGAGACACCAUUUGUCUCCCGACAAAUCGGAAAAUGAUUCACAUAUUGUAUUGACAUAUGAAUGUUGACACUCUAAUUGAUUCACAUAUUGUAUUGACAUAUGACUGUUGACAUUGCUUUUCAGUCUCCAAUAUCAGUGAGUCAUGCUUUGGAAAUGACAAUAAAUUUUCAUUACCCAACACUUGAGUUGUUUUGUUUUUCAUUUACCCAACCUUUUACUUACUCAAACUUUUGUUUACCCAACCCUUUUCUCUUCGGUGCCACCCCCCGCCAUAAAUAAUGACCGGUCCCUUCGUCAAUUCAAAAGAGAAAUUGACAACCUUUUUGACUCCCGCAUGGCAAUCUUGUAAAUCAGUAGCAUGUUGUAGUAUCUUUGUAUCUGUAUUGUCUUUGUAUAUUUGUCCUUAAGUGUAAGUUAUUUGUCGGCUAAUUCUUAUUUCAAAGUGUUAUUCUUGUACUAUACGUCAAACGUCGCGAUCCGAUUUGCAGGAAUUUUGGCGGAUUUCAAAAUUUCAUAAAUAUCCUGGCUUCAAAAUUGGCUGAUGAAUUCAAAAGGAUACUCUAUCCAGCUUUAGUUUGGAGAUCAGUGCUCACACGUAACAUCGUAAUUAUUCAAUUCUUUUUCAGAUAACACCCGAACCCAGUCCCCGGAAAGAGAAAGUCGAGGUGCGUGAGCCAAAGACUCCACCGAUGACGAAGAAAGUGGAUGUGUCGACGUCACCAAUGCCGCUGACCAAUACGAUGUCAAUUGCUAAGAAUAACAAUGAGGGCGUGGCAAGUCGUGCUAACUCAUUACAUUCUCAGAUCGAGGCUAUUGCUACAUCUGAUGAAAGAUUGGACGAGAGAGUUCACCAACAGGCU